UUCCCCUGUCCCACCACUAUAUUAAAUGCCCUCCCAGACUCUCACUCUCUUUGCUGCUGUCACAUCACCAGGCCACAAAAAUGACAUCUUACACAGACAAGGGAGAAAAGCCCCCGCGAGGCCGUUUCAUCCAUUUCCACUCCAUCACCUUCUGGGUCGGCAAUGCCAAGCAGGCUGCAUCCUACUACUGCAACAAGCUGGGGUUUGAGGAGUUGGCAUACCGGGGGCUGGAGACUGGCAGCAGGGAGGUGGUCUCGCAUGCCAUCAAACAGGACAAGAUUGUGUUUGUUCUCUCGUCCGCGCUCAACCCAGGGAAUGAGGAGAUGGGGGAGCACCUGGUGAAGCACGGUGACGGGGUGAAGGACAUUGCUUUCGAAGUGGAGGACUGCGACUUCAUUGUGCAGAAAGCCAAGGAGCGUGGAGCUGUGGUGGUGAAGGAACCCUGGGUGGAGGAGGACAAAUUUGGGAAGGUGAAGUUUGCAGUGAUCCAGACGUAUGGUGACACCACCCACACCUUGAUAGAAAAGCUCAACUACAAGGGCCUCUUCCUGCCUGGGUACCACCCACCCCUCUUCAAGGACCCCCUGCUGCCAAAGUUACCAAGUGCCAAGCUCAACUUCAUUGACCAUGUUGUGGGGAACCAGCCCGACCUCCAGAUGGUCCCAGUGGCAGACUGGUACCAGAAGAACCUGCUUUUCCACCGCUUCUGGUCAGUGGAUGACAAGCAGCUGCACACCGAGUUCAGCGCCCUGCGCUCCAUCGUGGUCACCAACUACGAAGAGACCAUUAAGAUGCCCAUCAACGAGCCGGCUCUUGGCAAGAAGAAAUCCCAGAUUCAGGAAUAUAUUGACUACUAUGGAGGGGCCGGAGUCCAGCACAUCGCGCUGAACACCUCCGACAUCAUCUCGGCGAUCACCAACCUGAAGCAGCGUGGCGUGCAGUUCAUGGAUGUGCCAUCCAGCUACUACCAGAUGCUGCGGGAGAGGCUGAAAACUGCCAAAAUCAAAGUGAAGGAGAACAUUGACAAGCUGGCGGAACUGAAAAUUCUGGUGGAUUUUGAUGAGAAAGGCUACUUGCUCCAGAUCUUCACCAAACCAGUUCAAGACAGACCCACAGUCUUCCUGGAGGUCAUCCAGCGGCACAACCACCAGGGCUUCGGCGCUGGGAACUUCAAGUCUCUGUUUGAAGCAAUAGAAAUGGAUCAAGAUGCAAGAGGAAACCUGACCAUCCUGGAGCCCAACGGGGAGACCAAGCGCAUCUAGAGGGUGGCAGAAACGCUGCCCUCACCCCUAAUGAGCUGAUUCACAAACGAACCGGGAAACGACUGAUGUUUUGGUAAAUAGCCCAGACCUAAGUGUUAUAAACCCAGGGAAGCUGCUGCCAAGCUGGAGACGUAAAAGGACUCAACACCUACCCCGACCCAGCCCAGGCACUGCCCUCCGGUGACUGCUUGGGAGAGGGAGUGUGGGAAAUAGCGAACACGCUCUUAAAAAGCAGUUUAAUCUGAUCCAAACCACCAAAUUCUUAACAAAGGGCAGAUUUAAGGCAUGUGCCAAAGACAUGCAGCUAUGGAGGAAGACAGAGGAAACAACUGGGAGUGCUUAAAUUUGGUCUACCCUAAGUUUUCUACUCAAUCUUGAAUUGGAAUUUGCCAAGAUUAAACACAUGGUUUUAAGGUAGCUACAACAUUCUGGAAUGACACUUAAUCGAAUUCACGUAUUUCACCCUUCCCAAGGCAACACAGUCUUGCUCUAAUACCUGCAAAUUCCUGAAUUAAUGAAGGGCUGGGGUUUCUCCUGUGUUUCAAGAAGUAAUUGCUGGGAUUGGCAUCGAGUCCUUGGCUCAGAUCCCACCUGCACAUGCCAAGUCCCCUCUGGGCAUUGCUCUGGUGUUGUCACUGUUGCUUGCAAGGGGACGUUCCCCACUGACACAAUAAAACCCUGUCCUGUCACAA